GGUUGUAAAGGCUGAUCUAGCUUACAAUUGUAACCAUAUUAAACGGAGCAGUCAAACUAUUUUCAUACUAAUAAACUCAUCACCAUUGUAUUGUUUGUACCUCCAAAACUCAGGGCCGAUGUUGCCUACCCUCCCACCCUUUUAUAAACCCCCCAUGUGCUUCAGUUUCCUUCACCACUUUCAUACUUCUUCCUCUAUUCUUGCUUGCUACCUUUCCUAGCCUGCAUUUUUGGUCUUCUGGACAAGCUUUCCUCUUUCGUGUUCUUCUUCUUGAGAUUGAAUAACGAACUUGACGUCUCGGUUGUUUUAUGCACACCAUUGGCAACGGCCAUCCGCAGUUUCUCUCGUCCAAAGCCAUCUUCUCGCAUCAGGCGGCGCCAUGUCAACGGCCCAGAGCCCUGCGACCGCGGUGGCGGCGGCGGUGGAGAAGAGCAAGCACUGGGCUCCGCACGGCCCGGCGCUGACGGCCUGCCUCGUCAGCAUCAACCUGCUCAUGAUCCUCCUCAUCUUCUUCUACUUCUGGCGGUUCUUCUCCGGGAAGCGAGGUCCCUUGGCCCCCGGCGGCGGAAACGACGAGGAGGCGCCAUCCUCGUCGGCCGACAGUUCACCGGAGACGUCUCCAAGGGGGUCCAGGCGCCUGACCGACCCCGACCAGCUGCCCGUUUCCGUGUACGACUCGAGCAGCGACGACGACGCCGCCGCCGGCGGGAAGGCGGAGUGCGCGGUGUGCAUCGUGGAGUUCCGCGACGGCGAGCUGGUGCGCCUCUUGCCUCGCUGCGGGCACCGGUUCCACGCGGCGUGCGUCGACGCGUGGCUGCGGCUCCACUCUACGUGCCCGCUCUGCCGCGCUGACGUCGUUGCCCCGGCGCCGGCCGCCGCCGAGGCCAAGAACGACGACCCCAAGGACGACGGCGGUGCAGAGUGUCCUGUGUGAGCUGAGCGGAUGAGAUCCACGGCAAUGCAGAGGAGAGGAGGAGCACUUAACGGCGGAAGGCGACAAGAUCCUUUGUCGGCGUCGUUGUCCGUUAGCUGACUCGCUUAGGAGUCGGCGAGGUACGGUUGGCUUCGGCGCCUCCUGUUUUGCCGUGUUGAUCCUGCUAUAAACAUUUCUUUUCAGUUUUGGCCUUUUUGAGGGUCGCCGAGGUAGUACAUAUUUAGACCAGUUUCUUAUAGUUGAUGCGCGGAUGAUUGGAAUUGCAAGAUCAGUAAGUAGUAACAGACUGCCUCUGCGUAAAAGAAUUUGUUGUGUAAUUAAGUUUGUCUGUAAAUUAACAGUACUA